AUGGCCGAAGGAUCGCACCAAACGACUAGUGUUCUGCCGGGGCUUAGCUUGCACGCUUGUUCCUGGGCAGAACUUGUGGUCAGCAUCGCAUGUUUUGUUCUGGGCCUCCUCCUCUACCGCCGGUAUUUGGCUCCUCUGCGCCACGUGCCUGGGCCGUUUUGGGCGUCGCUCGGGCGGCUAUGGCACACGAGGAUGAUCAUGGGAGGCGACCAGGGCGAAGAUCUGUUGCGGCUGCAUAAGGAGUACGGUCCGUUUGUCCGCAUCGCGAACAACGAGGUCAGCGUUUGCCAUCCCGAGGCUGUCAAGGAGCUCAUCCUGACACCCCUGCGGAAGGAUGCGUUCUACAAGAUCUUUGCCUUUCCAGACUCCAGAUACAAGAACGGCAUGACGGUCCUCGACCCGAAGCGGAAGUUCGAGCACUCUAGGAACUUUGCCCCCGGCUAUUCUCUGUCGAAUAUGCUCCACUCCGAAGACUGGAUCGAUAAGACAAUCGGCUUGUUGAUGGACUGGUUGGACAGCUAUGCCGACACGGGCCGACCCAUGCACCUUGAUCGGUUCUGCACUUUCACCUCGAACGACGUGACGGGCACGGUGCUCUUCUCCAGCCCAUACGGUUUCCUGGAGAAAGGCUAUGACAUCGGGAAUGCCAUUGCCAACAACACACGUCUUGGUCUCUUCGCCGCUGUGGCAGGCCAUCACUGGCUCAUUCUGAUGAUCCACGCCAUUUUCCUCGCAAAUCCAGUCACGACGUGGCUCGGUGUGAUUCCCACUGGUCAUAUCUUGAAAGUGACGAUGGACUCACUCCAUGAGCGCGAGAGCAGAGAGACAAAGGGGGCCAACCGCUUCGACCUGUUGGAAUAUUGGCUCAGGACCCUGCGCGAACGUCCCGACCGGCUCGACCUGAACACAGUACAGGGCCAGACGAUUGGCACCGUUGCCGCAGGUGGAGACGCCACGUCGACGGCUCUCCAGUCGUUUUUGUACCAUAUGAUCAGGCACCCGACUGCUUGGCGGCGUUUGCAAGACGAGAUCGAUGCCGCGAGGAAGGAGGGAAGGUGCCAGGACAGGAUCAUCAGCUUCGCCGACACUCAGAAGCUCCCGUUCCUGCAGAUGUGCAUCAAGGAGGCCAUGCGUGUCUUUGCGCCGGUCCAACAGGGUCUCCCGCGUGUGGCUCCCAAUCACGGGGUCAAGAUUGGAGACCGGGAAUUCCCAGGUGGCACUAUUCUUUCCGUCAGCGCGUUUGUGUUGCACAGGUCCACGGAUAUUUGGGGCCCCGAUGCGAACGAGUUCCAUCCUGACCGGUGGUCGGCGCCUGAUAUUGCUUCGAAGGAGAAGUACUUCAUACCAUUCGGCGGUGGAUAUAAUGCUUGUCCCGGGCAGCACCUUGCGAAGAUGGAGGUAGCCAAGAUCUGUGGAACCAUCGUGCGCGAUUACGAAAUCAGACAAGUUGAGCCGGGAAAGAAGUGGUCAUACAAGGCCUACUUCAAUGUGGUUCCGCAUUCUUGGCCUGUGUACGUUGCAAAAAGGCACAUCUAA